AUGACCGUCUGUCAGAUUUAUUUACUCUGCAUUUUUAUGUUUACAGCGCGUAAAUAAAUACAAGCGAACGAUUUACUAAUAUUGAUUUUAGUGCCUUCAACAAAUCGCCGAAUUACUGAGGCUCUCCGUGAAGUAUUUGAUGGGUAGAGUGUUUGUGUGAUAUUUUUAACGCAAUCCAUGUCAAUUCAAUCCAAAACCAUGCCAGUAUUAGAUUUGAAGAUGUAUGUACGGGUGGUGGCCGCUGUUUUCUCCGUCUCCUCUCUCACAGCCCUAGUGAUGGCUGUGUUGCGUCUCGUGAACCCGGACUUGUAUUACACAGAAGCUUUGGAUAAUGAUCAAAAUUUGAUACACUACUUCGUGACGGUAGUGAUGAUAGGCGCCAGCUUGAUAGGUCUGCUGAACAGUUGCAUAGUGCUGAGCCGGCGGGGCGCGCUCAACGAGGGCCGCAACAUCACCACGUGGCUGCUGCUGCAGUCGCUGUUCGAGACCUCGCGCGUCGUCUACGUAUUCGUCAGCGAGGUGAUGCUGAAGGGCCGGGGUCAGCUGCAGAUGCUCGACCUGGCCAUCAGCGUCACACAGUAUUUGGUGGACAGUUUUCUCUACUGCCAGAUGAUACUGCGACACUGAUAGACGCUGCACAUUUUAUUUAAAUUGUUGAUCUGUAUAUUUAUAGAACCGAAAUAGUAGGUAGAAAUAAGUGUAGACUAAACAGAAGAAUACUCCUUUUAAGAAGUUCCGCCAAAUACGUAGAAUCUGAAUAGUUAGAACUUAGAAUCAUGGUAUAAUUUGAGAUGUUGAUGGUACAUUUUUUAUACCACCAACCACAACAUUAAAGAUGCGUAUAUUAUAUACAAUUAGCCUCACCAAAGUAUCAAGUUACAUGCUGAUAGAAUAAUAUUGGCAAAGAUAAUUUGCAAAUAACUUGUGAACAAUCUUCAGUUAGUUUGAGAGUUACAGUUAGGUUCUCUAGAUAUUUAGUUUACAUUAGUUUUACUUUCUUUUCAUAUUUUAGUGUUCCCUUGGCUGUGUAUGGUUGGCUAUUAGGCUAAAUUUGACAUUCCGAAAUUGUGAUUGGCUACGAUAAGUUAAGAUCUGUGUGCUGAGUGUGCGAGCUGUAAAGAAGUUGAGUUCUACAUUUCGUAAAGGAUCUAAUCUAUAUAUAUAAAAAUGGAU